UCUGUCCGGCCAAUGGGUCGGCGCCACCUCCUCUGCUGGGGAGGACCUUGCGCAGAGCCUUGUACGUCUGCUUGCUAAGAGGUCCUAUACCAGCCAUGUCCAAACUAUGGUCCUCCAGGUUUUGGGACUUCAGCUCCCAGAAGCCUCAGCCGCCGUGGGCAAUGGUUGUCCAAAACACCUGGAGGGCCAUGGCUGUCUCCUAUAGUGGCUCCAGGGCCUUGAGAGGCCAGCGCUCCAGUUCAGGAGAAGCGGCAGAAAACAGCUCCAUGACUCCGAUGCUGAGACACCUUGCCAUGAAGAUAAAGUCAACUGGCCCCAUUACGGUGGCUGAAUACAUGCGCGAGGCCUUAACUAACCCUGCGAAGGGCUAUUACAUGCAGCGUGACAUGCUAGGAGAAAGGGGAGACUUUAUUACUUCACCUGAAAUCAGUCAGAUCUUUGGAGAGCUAAUAGGUAUUUGGUUUGUCAGUGAAUGGAUGGCCAAUGGAAAGCCAAAUAAAUUUCAGCUGGUGGAACUGGGCCCAGGUAGAGGGAGUCUUACUAGUGAUAUUUUACGAGUUUUUAAUCAGCUGAGUUCUUUACUUAGUAAAUGUGACAUUUCUGUUCAUCUGGUGGAGAUCAGUCCCAAAUUAAGUGAAAUUCAAGCCUCAGUUUUAACAGGAGAGAAGACAGAAUUACAAGAGAGCUGCCUCGCUUAUAUGCAAGGGGUUACUAAGAGUGGGCUGCCAAUUUUCUGGUACAGAGACUUGAAUGAUGUGCCUGUAGGCUUCAAUUUUUAUUUAGCUCAUGAAUUUCUUGAUGCUCUGCCUAUACAUAAAUUCCAGAAAACAGAAAAGGGGUGGCGGGAGUUGUUGAUUGACAUUGAUCCAGAAGCUCCUGACAAGCUGCAGUUUGUCCUUGCACCAUCUGCUACUCCAGCUGCAGAAGCCUUCAUACAUGACAAAGAGUCCAGAGAUCAUGUGGAAGUGUGUCCUGAUGCUGGUGUCAUCAUCCAGAAGCUGGCCCAUGAUAUUGAAAAGAAUGGAGGAGGUGCACUCAUAAUAGAUUAUGGCCAUGAUGGGACCAAAACAGAUACUUUCAGGGGAUUCCGUGGCCAUAAACUUCAUGAUGUAUUGAUAUCCCCAGGAAUGGCAGAUCUCACUGCUGAUGUUGAUUUCAGUUACCUGAGAAGCAUGGCACAAGAAAGAGUGACCACCUUGGGUCCUAUAAAACAACAGGAUUUUUUGAGAAACAUGGGCAUUGAUAUUAGAAUGCAGGUUCUGUUGCAGAAUGCUAAAGAUGCAAUUAAUCGCAACCAGCUACUCCGAAGUUAUGAAAUGCUGAUGGACCUAAAUAAAAUGGGGGGGUGUUUCAACUUUUUUGCCAUGUUACCUCACAACAGAUUUAGUUCUUCAGACCAAGUAAAGAAACCAUCAGCUUCAGCAUCUGUUGCUGGCUUUGGUGAACUUGUAUGGAAGUGAGCACCUUCUCUGCCCAUUUGAAUUAUUUUCUGUAGGCUUUCCAUAACAAUCCACUGGGGAAACAGGUUAUAGGUUUUAUGUUACCAGCUUCCUAUGAAAUAAUGUAUUAGGCUUUGUGAAAAACUGAAGAAUUCAGUCACAAUAUAGCAUGCAACAUGUGGAAUAGGAAAUUAUGGUUCUGAUAGAACUAAAAAUUGAUCAUAACCCCUGUGGGGAGGGUAAAAAACACAUUUUGGUUCGAGAACUGCAUCUUGAUUUCUUGUUCUAGAUUCACAUAUUAUUGAACUGUAAACAUACUUAUUAAAGAUCUCACUUUUUAUAGUCAGUUGAGGACUUACAUUUAUUGAGCGACUAAAUUAUCAUGUGAGAGAGACGGGAUGGUGUAGUUGUUUGAGCAUUGGACUAUGACCCUGGAGAGCAAGGUUUGACCAUGGAAACCCACUGAAUGACUUUAGGCAAGUCACACUCUCAAUUUCAGAAGAAGGCAAAGGCAACCUCCCUCUGAACAAAACUUGCCAAGAAAACCCUGUGAUAGGUUUGCCUUUGCCCAGGUUGCUAUAAAUUGGAAACAAGAAGGCACAUAACAAAUGAUAUUCUGAUAACACUAUUUUCUUAGAUGAGAAGCAUCUGCUGGAAAGUAUUUGAGGGUCAAUUUUUGGGCAUACGUUCCUCAACUUAUAGACGAGUAUUUAUGGUAUUGGUGCAAACUGAGGGAAAACAUAUUUUUGUUUCUAAAAUUUAGGCCUCUGCUGAUUUGGUGCAAUAGAAACUAAAUUGUGUUUGUUACAAUUACAUCAUAGUAUUUACAGAAUCACAGGAUAUAAUAGAAAGUAGAAGCAUUUUUUCAGCUGCAUCUAAACCACUUUAAACAGAACUAAGCUUGCUCACAGCACCCAUGGAAUAUUAACAGAAAAUAGAGUCAUCUUCCAAACUGCAGCUCAACCGGCUGAAUAGAAAUAAACUCAGUCAGCUGGCCUGGGUCAGGUGGCUUGCUGAUCUGUGUAUCCAAGAAUGACUAUUCACAGCAAGCAGUAGCGUCAUGUGGGGGGGGGGGGAUUUGCAGACCACACCAGGUGGCACAUCAUCUCAUUCUCUAAAUGGUACAGAGAAACAAUUCAGUUACAUAGGACAUAACCAAGCCUGUAAUUGCAAGUGGGCAUGGGAGGCCUACCAAUUGCAGAAUCUUGCAGGCAAAUGCCACUUGGGCCUAUCAAAAUUUUUAUUUCUAUAAUAGAAUUCCAAACUGCUGAUGUACAGAUGGCCUCUAUAGAACCAGAGGCAAAAUAAACCCUUGAUACAGCCACUAAACUCAGAAUAACCCCAAACAUGCUCUCACUUUGGCUUAUGAGCAGUGUGGUAAAUACAUCCAUCUAUACAUCUUGUUGCCAUCAACUCUCUGCCUUACCCUCUUGAAGGAUUGUGUUUAGAGUUUAUAUAUUUGUAUGAUUGUAUUAUUGGGUUUUAUCUAUUUUUUAUGAGAUGGUUUGUAAUGGUUUUAAUAGUCUGUAAACCACUUUGAUCUAUGGAAAAGCAGUAUACAAAUAAAAAUUUAUUAUUAUUAUCAUCAUCA